CUACGUCAGAACGUAUAACACGUAAGACGCAGUGGUUUCAGUCACAUUUGAGGAAAUCUCCGCCGCCUGUCAGCUGUGUUUUCUACAUGUGUGGUGAUGGUAGAAGCAGCAGGUCUCUGUCAGAUUUUCUUCAGCCGUUCAGCAUUUUGGACCUUUAACUUCUGCUUGUUUCUAGUCUGGACGCCAGUUAAAGGACACAAUCAGCUGAUUGGUCCAUCUGAGCCAAUCGUAGCUGCUCCUGGAGAUGACGUCCUCCUUCCAUGUCGAGUGGAUCCUGAGUGGGACACCGUGGGGAAGACGGUGGAGUGGUCCAGACCGGACCUGAGAGUCCCGGGCAGACAGAAGCUGGUGGAGUAUGUGUACGUGUACCGGUUCAAGAAGAUGGACCGAGACAUGAUGAUGGAGACGUACAUCCAGAGGACGUCUCUGUCAGAAGAAGGACUGAGACAUGGAGAUGUGUCUCUUUCAAUCAGGAACGUGAGCUUGGAGGAUAACGGGAGGUUCAGAUGUUUCCUCCCAAGCCUGAUGAGAGCUGCAGAAGUUCUGCUUGUUGUCGACCCAAACUUUGUUAAAAUGACAACAACGGAGACGGUUCCUCACAGAACCCUCAUCACUCCAACCCCUCAGGAUGAGACCAUCAGUACCGGUCAGCGGUCCAGGCUUCUUCUGUGUUUUCCAGUUAUUUUCUUCAUCAUUUCUUUGAGCUCAUUCUUCUUCUGCAAAUAUAAAAAGUCCAAGAACUUUCAAAAGAGCCUCCCGAGUCAAGCCUCCACCUUGCAGUCUGGAUGCCUUGCUCAAGGACAGACCUGUAUUGAUGUAGAUGGAAGCUUCAUGAAGGGCUCAGAUUCAAACCAGCAACUGCAGCCUCAUAGAAACCCAGGAUGAAGAACCAUGUCCUGGUGAUCAGUCUGGAUAUCGAUGACAUCAGGUUCUUCAUGUGGCUGCUGUCAGAUUCUGCAGGGAUCCCCCAAACUUUCAGAUCAACUCAUGGUCAAAUGUUCUGGAUUUAUCUAGAAGAAGAAGAAAAAUCUGUGAUUUCGCACCAGAAAAGAAGCUCUUCUGUGUCUGUGAACUGAACUGUCUCGCCCCCGUCAUUUCUCUCCAAUGGGAGCAAUGAUCUUCACCCACAUGGCUUUUAUAUUUUAAUUAUAUAUAUUUAUAUUUUAAUUAUAUUUUAAUUAUAGUUCACUUGCAAAAAGUACAAUGUGAAAGCAAACCGCACCAAACAAAAAAAAAUAAAGUCCCCUUGUGGUCCGGACCAAAGGACUUUCCUUCUGUCAAUACAGCAGAUCUUGUAGAUCAGACUCUGCUUUGAAGCGUUAGUUGGACAUAUUUAAAAUUUCUAUCUUGUAGAAGAUGUGCACUGGUGAUAUUAUAGACUUUCAUUAGUGAAAGUCUGGUCACUUAGUUUAGAAGUGAUGUUUUUUAGAGAAGCUGCUGAAUGCUGUGAAAACAAAACAGCUUGAAACGUAUUUUUGCUACUUUGACACUUGAAGCACUUUAACUGACACUGAAUGUUUAGAAGUAUUUAUUCAGAACCAGUGUUCAAAGAUCCGAGUGAUGGACCAGAGGAUCAAAACAGAACUAAUGGCUGGAAAUAGUCUGGAAGAGAUGUUGAACAGAAGCUAAAUAUUACAAGUAAGAAGCCAAACUGUUUCUGGAAGCAAACCACUGGUUUAUUGAAGCUUUAUUUAAACAUAAUGAAUUCUUUGAAAACUCCUUGUGCUGAUAUGUUUCACUACUGAAAAAACUUGUUGAUAAUAAAAGUUACAGAAAAUCA